AUUGGUAUUUAGUAAUACCCGAUUAAGUAAUACUUACGUAGAAAGCGUAUCGGAAAAUAUGAAUAUGAUGGAGAGUAUUGUUGAAGAUCGAGUAUCACCCGAAGAUCUAAGGAAAUUUGAAGCCAAAUAUCUAAGCGCAUUAAAGAAUGGAUUCGUACCUCCAACAACGCAAUUUGACUAUUCUUGGUGUCUGAUCCGAAGUGAGAGCAUGUCACGGGUUAGAGAAGGCGUGAAAUUACUAGAAGACUUGUACAAAAAGUCGGGUGAAAAUGAUGAAAAACGUGAUUAUCUAUUUUAUUUAGCUAUUGGAAAUACUAGAAUUGGGGAAUAUAACAAGGCUUUAAACUAUACAGAAGCUAUACUUAAAGUUGAACCUAAAAAUUCCCAAUCGCACCAAUUGCAUGAAUACAUCACAAAACGAAGAAAUAAAGAGGGCUUGAUUGGUGCCGCUGUUGCGGGUGGAGCUGCUGUAGCUGUUCUAGGUGGUUUGAUUGGACUAGGAAUGAGAAUGUGUAUUUUAUAA